AUGUCCAACCCGAUUAAAAAGUCACACUUUGUUGCCGGUCCCGCCGUCUACUCGACCCCCGCCGAAGCCGAGCCGUUCGUCCCAGGAAAGCUGAACGCAUUCCCAAAGUAUGCCGACGCUAUAGGCGCGGGCUCCGAGGUCUGGAUCUUCGAUGCCGUCUCGGAAAAGGACCACUCGGCCAUCGUCGUCAGCAUGUCGCGCGGCAUGAGGCCGGCCGGACAGGAUGACUUCAGGGUGCAAGUCCUCGGCCUCUGGCCGGACCAGUCGACCUGGCAUCAAGAUUUCUUCUUCCCCGAGUCCAUCGUGACUGAAACCGAAGGGGAGGACGUGACAGGCGUGUGGCAGGACGAGCCACGCGGCACCAGUAUUUCCUGGACCAUCACCGAGGCUGGCAAAAAGGUCAAGCUGGUCUUGAACAUGCCCGGCAUGGCGACAGGCACCCUGGAGUUCACGGCGCCUCCGGGCGACUCGGGGCUCGACAUAGACCCCUGGAUGGGGCCCCAGUACAUGAACACGCGCCCGCUGCCCCGAGGGUCGGCAGAGUGCGAGGUCGACAUGGGCGGGCGCCGCCUCGCCUUCGGGCCGGACGGCCCCCACAAGGCGCACGGCGCCAUCGACCACGGCUGGUGCAAGCUCCCGUGGCCGCGCGCCAUGUCCUACUCGCUGUACAUACACGCGCAGGCGGGGCCCUACGCCUUCCAGAUAUGCCACAUCAGGUCCCCCACCGACGACGGCAAGGUCCCUUACCUGGCCGCGACGCUGUUCCACGACGGGCGGUUGGUCUGCUCGCCCAAGCGCGUGGCCGGCACCCGCGAGGAGGCCGAGAAGGCUGGGGCCGGGGACGCGCUGGUCUUGGGCAUGACGCUCGAGGGCGAUGGCCUGACGGGCGCGUACAGCGACAAGAACGCGGGGUACCGUCUCGAGUGGUACCGGGACGGCCAGCGGUGGGUCUUUGACACGCGCCACGCCGCCCUCUUCUGGAACAUCCCGACCAGCCCGCCAGGCCCGAACCAGCAGGGCAACACGUGCUUUGUUGACACCUUGGUCGGCGGGGCGGAGGGGGAAGGGUUCCAAGGGGCUUGUCUUAGCGCCCAGUGCGACUGGAAUAACUAG